AUGAUUUCAGGACCAGCGUUUUGUCUUGCCAUGGCAAUGAUUUAUGCCUUUAUUAUCGGACAAAUUACUGAAGAACUGAAAUCUUCGCAAAGGAAUUACAUGUUUAUGUGUGGACUUAGUCCAAUUACAUACUGGCUUGCAAACUACAUUGUCGAUGUAAUAAUAAGUGAAGCAUUCAGCUUAUUAUACUUCAUUAUUUAUUAUAUCGGCGGUGUGCAAAAUAUUAUUGACUAUCCAGGAUACUCAUAUUUCACAUUCUUCAUUUCUGCCCUUUCCUGA